AACAUCAUCAAUUUUCAACAAAACAUAAACAUCGUCGCUCUGCGCUGAAUCCUAUUCAUUUCAAUUGUACGUAAAUUUUCCAUCUACGACGUGUAUAAUGUACAGAGAAUAGAUCGUAUGUUGCGAUCAAGUUAUCUAUUACCCUGUCGGCCAGCAACGUCCUAAGUUGCGCUUGGCGCAAAUCUAUUACCCUACGACUACGACUUAGUAUGUCUACCGCCGAUGUUUUCCUAUCGUCCCCCGCGGGGCCAGCGAGGUUUCAUUCCUAUACUAUGUCGUCAUCGCCGAAUAUACCUCCUCUCAACGAAUUAUUCCCUAUUAGUCCUAAAAGACCACCUUUACGAAGUGGAAACCAUGCCGCACCGAUCCCCAACAACGUACACACGACGUUCAAAAGUGCUGCAUGCCUAUUGAGGGAUGCUCCCGAGAUUGACAUAGAAACCGAACAACUCACCAAUUCUCCACCCCGGAAACCUAAUUCCGAUAUAGGUCGAAAGAGGAAAACACCCACGCCCGAAAUUACCAGCAUACCGGCAGAGACGCCUAUUUUAAUCGAGUCAUCGCCGGGAGAAAAGCCGUGGCAGAAGUUCAAAAGCAAGGAGUCAACAUCUAAGAGUGAACAGCCACCAAUACCAAAAGUGCGUGCUGCGAAGGCGGCCUCUAAGGGAAAAGCUAAGGGGAAGACGGGGACCGUUUCUAAACAUUUUGCCACCAAGCAAGAUGCUGCGAAACCGGCGGACGGGAUAUUAGACAAUGGGACAACGGGCGAUAGGUUUAAUGAGCAGGCUGCCAGCAGCUUUGCCUCUUCGGAGCUUGCUUCUAAACGAAGGGAUAGUUGGACGCCGCCACCCGCGAAUAUCCCUUUUGCUGAACCUCAAUCCGACAAUCGAGAAUUGCCUUUAUCAAUCGAGAAGGAAACGAAGUCACAGGAUGUAUUUCACACUCUUCAUGGUCAAUACGGUUACAAAGAUGUCCCUUCAUUUCCUCCAUUAGACCCGCCGCAAUUAGAUGUUUUAAAAAAGCACAAAUUAAUCGAGCUCGUAUCUACGAGCAAUGAUCUUAAACAACGCUCUCGAGAAACCUCACCGUCCAAAGUAGUUAAUACGAAGAAGAAGGCUAGGACAAUUACAGAAUUGGCAACCGCGCCUUAUAUGCCAUCGAUCGGUCCCGACCUGGAUCUCGCAGGGCCCACCUCCAAGGAGUCUUUGCUGGGUUAUUUCGAUUCGGACGGUACUGUCAAAGCUCUUGUUGAACAUCAAACAGUCCUUAUGACCCAGAAAAAGGAGAAGGCCGGAGAAUCCAAAGCCCCUAAGAAACCGAAGCGCAAAAAGAAGUCCGGUACGGCGGACAAUCCAAUCCUCUUAUCUCCAAAUUCAGCGUUGAAACAAUCCUCGAAUCAAGACUUCGUUUUCGGGACAUCGAGCCAGUUGGUUAGAGAAGAGUCACCAACUACUCUUAGGGAUCUUCAGUUAGCAAUACAAGCUUCAAACCAGGUCGAUUCCGAUCCCUUUGCCGAAUCGGAUAGUCAGGGACUUUGGCAUGCUGGCGCAAGAGAUACCGAUGGUGAAUUGAUGAAAAUGGACGACGUUGAGGUAGUUGAGAAUGUACCAUCAUUAUCGCGACGUGCUGAACGGCGGGAAUGCUCGUCUACUGAAUUUGUUGAUAUCAACGACAUUCUGAAGUCAUCGGAGGUUGAUGAAUUAUCGACUGGAGUUCCGCAGCAGAAUUCCCAUUUCUUGCAAUCUCAAUCCGACCCGAACGCUCCACUCCCCGAAACUGACGGUCAAGGACCCAGUGAAUCUAACCAGUGUGCGGAAGGCGGAGGGGGCUUGCGACCGGACUUUGAGUUGCUCAAUGAUUCACAACUUGCGGCGCGGAUUGCAUCUUACGGAUUUAAGCCGGUAAAGAAACGUCAGGCCAUGAUAUCACUCCUCGACCAGUGCUGGAUGAGUCAGAAUUCUGGAGCUCCAAUGAUCCAAUCAAGGUCCAUAUCUACUUCAUCAAGCAUGACCGCACCUAAGCGGAAGCAAUCAUCCGCCGCCGCUACCUCUACUACUACGCAACCGGAAAACGCCCCGAAACGACGCGGACGUCCAAGAAAGAAUUCAGUCGCUACGGAACCUCCCACGACAGCAAAAACUACAGCUCUAAAAGAAGCCAGCUCAAAGAAACCUCGUGCUCGCCAAAGAAAAAACACCGCGAGGCUCGUCGAGAUCGCGGACUCUGAUUUAGAUGAAGCGAUAUCAUCGUCGCCAUCAUCGAGGGCGUCCUCACCGGACAUGGAUCGGAUAUUUUCCUCACCACCGCCAGUAGACCUAUCUCUCUUAUCGGAAGACGCCGACAUGACGACAGGGACAGGUACGGACCAGCAACAGGAGCAGGAAGCAUUGUUUCGACAUAUCACGCGGGCGGUCAAGGCGGCACCACGGUCGCGUGACCCGGCAAAUCCGUCGUGGCAUGAGAAAAUGCUACUCUACGAUCCCAUCGUGCUGGAGGACUUGGCGGCGUGGUUAAAUGCCGGAGCAUUGAGUGGGGUUGGGUAUGACGGGGAGAUUAAUCCGUACCAGGUUAAGCUGUGGUGCGAGAGUAAGAGCGUGAUUUGCCUCUGGAGACAGAAUUUGAGUGGCAAGGAUAGGAAGGUGUAUUGAUUAAUGACCCAACCUGGGUCUCAAAAGAUUGAGUAUGUGUAUAUUUCUUACUCUCUCGUGGUCAUACCCCAUAGUAUAUAAAUAACUGAACAAUAAAGCUGUGUCGUUUGAUUAUGCUUUGGGAUCGUGUGAUUGGUCGGCUAGAUGGGAAUAGGGGGGCGGGUGUAGCUAUAAGCCAGCCAAUCAAAGCUUGGGUUACCCACCUUUGGUGGACUACAUAUUAUCUUUUACUAUAAUGGGACAGCACUUAAGACAUGAUUGGCUACUCUUAGACACUGGAAAUAUCACGAUAAUGUGUUUGUUUGGGCAACAAUAGAUGCCGUUUUUUUGUUGUUUUUUAUUUAUA